AAGAGGUGGGUUCACCAAGGAGGAAGAUAUACUUUAUAUAUAGAGAAACCCAAUCGCUGGUUAGAGAAAGAAAGAAAGAAAGAAAGAGAGAGAGAGAGAUGACGAUGAUGAAGAGUCCUUUAAUUGCCAUCUCCAUUCAACUUCUGAUCAUCUGCGCCAUCGCCGGCCAAGUCUACGGGGUUGUUGAAUCAGAACCAAUAUCUCAUCUUAAAUUAAACUCCAGGAUUCUUCAGGAGCCGAUCAUAGAACUGAUUAAUGGAAAUCCUAAGGCUGGCUGGAAAGCCGACAUGAAUCCUAAAUUUUCUAAUUUCACAGUUAGCCAAUUUAAGCGUCUCCUUGGUGUGAAACCUACACCUGCACAUGCUCUUAGGGGAAUUCCAAUUGUUGUUCAUCCAAGAACUUCAGAUUUGCCAGCUGAAUUUGAUGCUAGAACAGCUUGGCCUCAAUGUCACACAAUUGGAAGAAUUCUUGAUCAGGGUCAUUGUGGUUCUUGUUGGGCUUUUGGUGCUGUUGAAUCCCUAUCUGAUCGUUUUUGUAUCCAAUACAACAUGAAUAUAUCACUCUCUGUGAAUGAUAUUCUUGCUUGCUGUGGAUUUUUGUGCGGUAGCGGUUGUGAUGGCGGUUAUCCUAUUUAUGCUUGGAGAUACUUUAAGCAUCAUGGUGUUGUCACAGAAGAGUGUGACCCUUAUUUCGAUAGUACUGGUUGCUCCCACCCGGGAUGUGAACCUGCAUAUGACACUCCCAAGUGUUCGAGAAAGUGUGUAAACACAAACAUGCUCUGGAAGAAAUCAAAGCACUUCAGUGUCAGCGCAUACAGAGUCGGUUCAGACCCACACAGUAUUAUGGCAGAAGUUUACAAGAACGGACCAGUAGAAGUUGCCUUCACUGUUUAUGAGGAUUUUGCGCACUACAAGUCAGGAGUUUACAAACACAUAACGGGUGAUGUUAUGGGUGGUCAUGCUGUGAAGCUGAUUGGAUGGGGAACUUCUGCUGAUGGGGAGGACUAUUGGCUUCUAGCAAAUCAAUGGAACACAGGCUGGGGAGAUGAGGGAUUAUUCAAGAUAAAAAGAGGAUUAAACGAAUGUGGGAUUGAAGAAGAUGCAGUUGCAGGGUUGCCUUCAUCUAGAAACCUGGUUACAGAGGUGGUUGACGACAAUGAAGAUGGUGAAGUUCUGGAUGCAUCAAUGUGAAGAAAAGAAUGAAUAUAUCGUCCCAACUGACUGUCAUGGCACAAAUGUGUAGGACGAAUCUGCUUAGCGGUGGUUGGAGAAUACAGAAUAAUAAUAUUGUUUGUUGUAUACUAUUUAUGUUGUGUUAUUAUGAUCUUCACGCAGUAUGAUUGUCAAAUGUUUACUUUCUUAUAUGAUCUUCCUAUUUACUGACAAUUUGUUCAUGUGCAUAUAAAUAUAAUGUGUCUUUCUUAAA